UCUUUCUUCAUAUAUUAUACUGAAAACCAUGCCUGAAGCUCCGAAGAACCGCGGCAAUGGUGCUGGGUUGGGUGUGGAGGGCGGCAUCCUUGAUGAUAAGAACAUCAGAGCUCUUGAAUUCAUCGAAGAUGUUACCAUGAAUGCCAAAGAAGUUCAAAUGCAGGUCCUCUCUGAAAUCAUUACCAGGAACUCUAAUGUUGAGUACUUGCAGCGCCAUGGCCUUAACGGGCGUGUAGACGCCGAUACAUUUAAGAAAAUCGUGCCUGUUGUCACAUAUGAGGAUAUGUUACCGGAUAUUGAACGUAUCGCCAACGGCGAUAUGUCGCCAAUUCUCUGCUCAAAGCCUAUUUCCGAGUUUCUGACCAGUUCUGGAACUUCUGGCGGAGAGAGAAAACUGAUGCCCACCAUUGAAGAGGAGCUCGGGAGGAGGUCUUUGCUGUAUAGCCUGCUGAUGCCUGUGAUGAACCAGUCUGUUCCCGGGUUGGACGAAGGGAAAGGGAUGUAUUUUUUGUUUGUAAAAUCGGAAGCUAAGACUCCUGGAGGACUAAUGGCUCGCCCAGUGCUCACAAGCUACUACAAGAGUUCAUAUUUCAGGGACAGGCCUUACGAUCCUUACACCAACUAUACGAGUCCCAACGAGACCAUUCUGUGUCCGGAUUCCUACCAGAGCAUGUACUCUCAAUUGCUUUGUGGGCUGUGUCAAAACAAGGAAGUUCUUCGGGUUGGUGCAGUGUUUGCCUCCGGCUUCAUCCGGGCCGUCCGCUUCCUGGAAAAGCACUGGGUUCUUCUUUGUAAGGAUAUUCGGGCUGGAACUCUAGACUCCCAAAUAAAUGACCCGUCUGUGAGAGAGGCUGUCAAGAGGAUUUUGAAACCGAAUCCUGAGCUCGCAGACUUUAUUGAGGCUGAGUGUAGAAGGGAGUCAUGGGAAGGGAUCAUAACUAGGUUAUGGCCUAAUACUAAGUACAUAGAUGUUAUAGUCACCGGAACAAUGUCUCAAUACAUCCCUACUCUCGAUUACUACAGCAACGGUCUCCCCCUUGUUUGUACAAUGUAUGCUUCUUCCGAAUGUUACUUCGGCCUGAACCUUAAUCCUCUUUGUAAGCCAAGUGAAGUUUCUUACACCCUCAUUCCCACCAUGGCCUAUUUUGAGUUCUUGCCGGUGAAUAGGAAAAAUGGAUUUACAAACGUUUCUGAAUCAGCUCCCCUCAAUGAGAAGGAACAUCAGGAAUUGGUUGAUCUUGUUGAUGUAAAACUAGGACAAGAAUAUGAGCUUGUCGUCACCACAUAUGCUGGUCUCUAUCGAUAUCGGGUUGGAGAUAUACUUUGUGUAGCUGGAUUCAAGAACAAGGCGCCCCAAUUCAAAUUUAUCUGCAGAAAAAAUGUGGCUCUUAGCAUUGAUUCUGAUAAAACCGAUGAAUUUGAGCUGCAAAAUGCUGUGAAGAAUGCUGCUGACCAUCUUCUUCAAUUUGAUGCAUCUGUCACAGAAUACACAAGCUAUGCAGACACGUCAACCAUCCCUGGCCACUACGUACUGUACUGGGAGAUUGGCCUCAGUGGUGCAACCCCUAUUCCACCUUCGGUUUUUGAGGACUGCUGUCUUAUCAUGGAAGAAUCACUCAACAGUGUGUACCGCCAAGGCCGAGCCUCGGAUAAAUCUAUUGGGCCUCUGGAAAUAAGGAUAGUUGAGGGUGGAACAUUUGACAAGCUCAUGGACUAUGCCCUCAGCCAGGGUGCAUCAAUAAACCAGUACAAGACCCCCCGUUGUGUGAAAUAUGCCCCUAUUAUCGAGCUUCUGAAUUCAAGGGUUGUCUCAAACUACUUCAGCCCCAAAUGCCCGAAAUGGGUUGCAGGGCAUAAGCAAUGGUGCACCUAAAGCUGAAUCAAGCUCAUCUUAGAGUGUGAGUUAAUCUCUCCCCCACUCCCCCUCCCUUCCUCUCUCUCUCUCUCUCUCUUUUGUUAUCCCAUCUUGUCAUUUGCUUCUUAAUUCGUUUAAUAUGUACAAAAACAGUCGUUUCCUUUUGUUGAAAUGCCUGCUUUUCUCUGUUCCAUCCA